GUUUACAUUUUGACAGUCCAUCGUCUGAGAGCUAACGUGGUAUUUGCAAUAAACUGAAGGCAAUAGACGGCGUUUUAACUGCUAAUUUAUAGUAUAAUACCAAAAUUGUCUGUGAAAUUUUGUAUUUGCAGUGGAUAAUAGCCCAGCUGACAUGAGUGGCCUGUUUGUUUGCGAGGAACCGAACAUAUGGAGGAAGGUUUAUGACAAGUACUGGAAUGUUGUCGAGGCCAAAGCUCAAGGAAAGAAACAUGGGAACCUGCUUAAACUUGAUAAGUGGUACCAAGAGGAGCUUCCUGUUCAGAUUUCAAGUCGAGCAGAAAAACACAUCACUCUGGCGGAGCUGGUGAAACUAAUGCAGUGGAAGUUGACAAGAGGGAAGUUUCGGCCCAGGCUACAGCAGUUGGUGGCCUCCAACAGCGAGGAUACAGUAGAGAAAUGUUCCAGAAAUGCUUUUAACCUCCUGCCUGAUGUCCAGGCAGCGAUUGCAGAACUCAGUUUCCUGAAAGGAGUUGGUCCCGCUACUGCUUCUGGAGCUCCAGAACAGACUGCAUUCAUGUCUGAUGAGGCCAUGGAGAGUGUGCCAGGACUGCCGCCCAACCAGUACACAGCCAAGAACUACACUGUGUUCCUGAGCAAGAUUGUUGAACGGUCUAAAAAACUAAACAAAGCGGAUCCACAGCAGGACUGGACACCUCACAGGCUGGAGUUGUGUUUGUGGGCGAUGACCACAGCUACAAAACAACAGUUCCGGCUUUUUGAAGAAUUAAACAUGAAGAAUGUAAACACACAGGAAAAAACUUCAGAUUUUGAUAGUGAACACAUAGCAAAGAAACUCAAAACAGCCUAAAUUUGUUCACUCAUAUAUAACCCCUUCUUUGGUGCCAUUGAAAGUAUUUCUUUUACAUAAAAAAAGUAUUACAGUCUAUUAAAAACAAAUCUGAUCACUGAGUGAUUUUCUUUUUUUUUUUUUUUUUUUUACUUUCCCAAGAGUUAAUAAAGUUAUUUACAGUUACAAA